AUGGAAGCAGAUGUCGAAGAAGCAAUCCGUGGCUUAUUGGAGAAGGACAUCAUAGAACGUGCACAAGGACCGUUGAGCUGGGUUUCGCCUCUGGUACCGAUUCGGAAGGCGGAUGGAAAAAUUCGGUUGUGUGUCGACAUGCGGGCAGCAAACCGUGCUGUAAAACGCGAGAAUUAUCCGAUGCCCAACAUUGACGCAGCAAUAACAUCGAUCACGAAGGUUACAAAAUUGUCAAAAAUUGACCUAGAGGCAGCUUACUAUCAUUUCGAGCUAGAUGAAGACAGCCGCGAUAUAACCACUUUUGUAGCUCGCAGUGGGGUCUAUAGGUUCCGCAGAUUAAUGUUUGGCAUUAAAUCGGCUCCGGAGUUGUUCAUUCACGGGGCCACAGACGAAGAGCAUGACGAGGCAUUGAAACGUGUACUGCAAAUUUUAAAAGACAGGAAUAUGAAAAUUAACGAUCAAAAAUCGAUUUAUUCCGUAACUGAGGUCGAGUUUCUAGGACACUGCGUUUCGAAAGACGGAAUUCGUCCCACCGACGAAAGGAUCAAAGCGAUUCUCUCUUUACAAGCUCCAUCGUCAGUAACCGAACUAAGAUCUCUCCUGGGACUCGUAAAUUUUGUCGGAAGAUUCGUUCCCAAUCUUUCCGGACUAACACAUCAUAUGAGACAGCUGUUAAUCAAGGACUGUUUCUUCCAGUGGAUCGAAGUCCACGACAAAGAAUUGGACAUGAUUAAAUCGAUUUUGGGGAAGGUUGAGUCACUAGGAUAUUUCGAUCCAGCAGAUACCACUCAACUUGUAACCGAUGCCAGUCCCUAUGUUUGGCAAUUCAUGAAAAAAUAUUGUCAAACCGAAAGAGAGUGCCUGGCAAUCAUUUGGGCAAUGGAAAGACUCUUCGUGUACCUUUAUGGCAUAAAGUUUACUUUGAUCACCGAUUGCAAACCUCUGGAAUAUUUGUUCAACAGAGCACAGUCGAAGCCAUCGGCUCGCAUAGAACGAUGGAUUCUAAGACUGCAAAGCUUCGACUUCAUAGUGCGAUACGAGCCUGGUACGGACAACAUUGCGGACCCUUUGUCGAGAAUGACCCAGCGUCAACAAGAAAUCACAGAUGGCAUUGAUACUGUUGCGUGGUUGGCAGCAGAAAUUAAACCGGCCGCUCUUACUAUCGAAGAAAUUGAAGCAGCAACUAAAAGUGACGAUGAACUCCAAGCCGUAAAGGAUGCGAUAUUCUCCGGUCACUGGGACUCGGUUCCAGCAGAAUUUAGGACAGCAACGAUAAAAGAUGACCUGACCACAUUCGGUGAACUCGUUCUACGAGGAGAUCGUAUCGUUAUUCCGAAGGAACUGCGUGAUAAGCUAAUUGAGCUGGCUCAUUCUGGUCACCAAGGGUGUACCGCUAUGAAGGCCCAGCUUAGAGCAAAAAUAUGGUUUCCCCUGAUGGAUAAAGCUGUAGAGAACUUCGUGCGACGCUGUAAACCCUGUACAAUGACGGGGAUCCCGGACAGUCCAAAUCCCAUGCUUAGACGUAGACCAACAGAACCCUGGCAGGAUGUCGCGAUCGAUUUUAAAGAAGGAUUGGUAGGUGGUUUGUCGUUACUAGUGGUAGUAUGCUAUACAUCGCGGUUCAUUCAGGUUGAACCUAUGAAACCUGCAACAGCACAACGGGUAAUAGCGGCAUUACUCCGAAUGUUCAGUACCCUGGGUAUUCCGCGAUCGAUAACAGCAGAUAAUGGGCCACAAUUCAGGGCAGAUGAAUUUGCUCGCUUCUGUGUUAGUUACGGUAUUCAUUUGAACUUGUCCACUCCCUACUGGCCCGAACAGAACGGGGCCGUUGAACGCCAGAUGCGUAACAUUGGCAAGAGAUUAAAAUCAGUGAGAUACAAGGUACUGACUGGCAAACUGAUCUCUACGAGUAUCUAG